UCUCAGUCGAGUUGAGACGCGGCCGCGUACGCGUCACUGAUUUAAAAAGUCAGCGUUCUAAGUUUAAAAAUUUAAAACAAUUCCAACAGUUUUUAGCAAGUUUUAGGUUAUGAUUCGAAAAGUGAAUGUGAGUUAUAGUGGUUCGUUUUACAAAAUGGAGUUUUAAAACAGUUUUUCAGUCAUAAACUGUUUCGAAACAGGAUUUUCGUGAGAUAAUUUAAUGCCGCGAUGUCGCUGCCGGACGUGACGUCAGCGCGCAGCUCGCCGACGCCCCCAUGCCCCGAGUGCGACACUAGCGCUUCCGUCACUUCCGAUUUGCACAAGUACCAGGUGGCCUGCACAUGCAAGCCUUCAGCCGCGUACGCAAGAGCGGACGACCCCGGCCCCCCGCCGCCCGCCAAGCCGGACACCCCACCAGCGCUACCACCGCGACCACCGACGAACCUACUCACUGGUAGAAGAAACAAUGCGGCCGUCAACUGCGCCACCACCGCCCCCUGCCGGCGCCACAAGUACGCGUGGUGGUGCGUCGGCUGCGGAGCCCUAGCCGCCGCCCUUGGGGGCCUGCUGGCGUUGCAGCACAUCAUAGUGCGAGUGUACACCGCGUCCCCGCAGCAUCUUGAAACUGUGCCCGCCGCGGUACCGGCCGCUAUGCUGGUGUUAACCGGUGUGUGUAUAAUGAGUCUCGCCCGCCGCCGCAACCGAUACAGCUAUAUGGUAAGAAAAAUCAAAGUGGUCGGCGCCUGCUGCCUGGCCUGCGCCCUGACAUGUGUUCUGGUCACCAUCACGACCACAUACAUACAUAUGAACAAACUACAGAAGUUGCAACACUGCGAAUACACUAAGAAGGCGAGAGCUUGUACCUGCUUCUCUACACGGCCAGACACAGUUCACGUCGGCAAGGAAGAUGAACUCCGUUGCGUGUUCGAAGGCGUGUCAAGUUGCGAGGUGGUGCGCGGCGCGUUGCUCAUAUGUCUCCGCGGUGUGUUCGGUCUGUCCGUGUGUGCGGUGCUCGUGUGCAUGUUUAGCUCCAUGCUCGCUUAUCAAUUAUUACGACAUGAACGCAAGAAGAUGUACUGGGAGCAGCUGGAGCUCCGUUGCCGUUCGUUGUAUCGCCCACCUACAGGCCAACAGCCACAGCCUAGGGCCGUCCAGCCAAGUUGCAGCUGCUGCGCUCAGUGCCACCCCACGCAGCCCGCCUGGGACAUUAGCCUGCAGCACAGGUUCUGGGCGCCUGGUCGCAUAGGAAACCUGUACUCACCAAACCCUGGUACCGUGAGGAAGACCUCAGCUUGGAGUUGGUUCCCGUGGCCCAGGAGCAACAGCCAAAACUCUCGUUGCCGUAUGGGCGUUCCACAAUCCGGAGACAGCGCCUACGGCUUCUGCGAGACGGAAACCCCAACCAACCCCCAAGGCUUCGAAGAACGCUUCCCGGCUAACUUCCAGACCUUCCAGAGGAACCAGGCUGGUUUUCAAAGCUCUGGGACUUUCCAGAACUAUCCAGCUCAAAUACAACAGGCAUAUCAAGGACAAUAUCAGGUGGAAGGAUUCGGGGAAGCCAGCUUCGACGCUCAGACAGGAGUGUGGGGCCCGCCGCCGCCGUACAGCCCCCAGGGGCGGAGCGGCAGUCGCCACCACCUCCACCAAGACCCAGCAGCGGCCACCCUUCUCCACCAUCACCACAUCGACCACCGCAACUCGACCCACGAACACACCAUGCCACACACCUGCCGGAACUCGUACAUGCUGCAGAACCCGGAUAUCCGGACCGACAUGAGAGAGCGACCUAACGACCCCAGGAUAGCUAAUGAGCUCGUCAGAAUGAAUCCGGACAUAGCAAGGAUCAAUCCGGACAUGAUCCGGAUAAAUCCGGAUAUGGCGAGAAUUAAUCCGGAAAUCAUCAGAAACCAAGAAAUAGCUAGGAUUAAUCCGGAACUCAUUAGAAAUCAAGAAGUUAGGAUGAAUCCUAUAAAUCCGGAUAUUAGGAUGAAUCCGGAUAUGGUGUUGAAUCCGGAUUUGAGGGAGAUGCAUUUGGCUCAGAUAUAUCCGCCGGAGGAGUUGGCUAGGCUGCAAGAGAUGCAUAUACCCGAUGGGAGGUUCAAUACUUUGAGAGGACAUUUGGUGCCGUAUCCGUGUCAGAGGUCGUUAGGUAUGAGUGCGGGUAACCUGCACAGAGACUGUCGUAUGGACGACAACGUCGCCAUUGAGUGCUUACAUCAGAAGAGCGCCAGCAAAGUUUCAGAUCAAAGCAGCGACUCGUGCCCACCGAACCCUAAGCAAGGGAAAGAGAACUUAGGCUUCCAGAACGAUAAGCAUUCCCCCAUUCGGUCUUCUAUUCAAGACUGUCAUCGCGGUAACCAGAAUGCUGAAUCUGAGGUCUAUUUCGCCGACGUGUCUAGCUGCUGUAAUGUUUCUGUAAAGGCGGAUUGCUGCAUGAACCCUAACGUAUCAGCCCUCGUCGGCACCAUCGAAAACCACCCUGAGUCCACCUCCGAGUCAGACACAGGCUCCUUUACCCUAACGCGACAGCAGCGCCCCCAACCGCAGGUCGGCUCCAAACGUCGUCCGAGGCAAGAAAAACACGCAAAACAGGCAAGAGAGAACAAUUCUCUGAGACUGACAGAACAGCAGAUAGAACAACUCAAUAACUCCAUGAGAUUGAUGAACGAUUCUAGAGUCGGCGAAAGAAUGAACGAUUCUAGAAUCAGCGGAAUUAAUGAUUCUAGAUUGAGCGAGAGAAUAAAUGAGUCUAGAAUUAAUGAUUCUAGGUUAAGCGAACGAUUGAAUGAGUCUAGAAUUAAUGAUUCUAGAAUAAGCGGUAGCGCCAAUGAUUCUAGGAUAAGCGGUGCUUUGGAGUCUAGGAUCAGUGAUAGAAUGAACGAGACGCGUUUAAGCGAGCGCUUAAACGAUUCUAGAUUAAGCGACAGGCUUAACGAGACUAGGUUAAGCGAGCGUGGGAUAAGCGAUAGAAUGGAACGCGAGCGGGAUUCUAGAAUGAGCGACACUAGAAUGAGCGGUCGUAACGAUUCUAGGGAUCGCUUGAGCGAUUCUAGAAUCGAACGAGACGAAGGCAGUCCUAAAAUGCGUCAGCUCAGAAUACCAAGAUUUAGCCCUAAAUCUAACCAUCCAAGACAAUUAAGUUCAGAGUCAAAUAAAGCUGAAUUCUUCGCGCCUCCACCCCCAAAUCAACCUUUAUCACCUACAGCAGAAAAGCCAUUAUUGAAUGAGGAAAAUCAGGUAUAUUCGAACGAGGCUGAGACAGCGUGUCUCGGUCCUGACUCGCAAUAUGAAAGUGUUAGGGAGGAGAAAGAUGAAAUCAAAGUACAUCAUCACAGACAUUGCUAUAGUGAUACUAAUACUAUGGACUCGGGGUGGCAGAGUGGCUCCGAGAAACAGGUCACUGACUAGAAUAAAUGCCACAAAGAUUGCCAAGUGGA